UAGCGAUAAUUAUUUUCAAAUAUUGUUAUAUUAAAAAAAUAUUUCUUCUUAAUAAUGUUCAGAUUUCAAGAAACAUUUACUAAUAAUAAGUAAAUACAACUUAAUGAAUGACACGUUAUAUUUAUUAGAACACGAGGAGUAAAUCAAAUGAAAUUUUAAGCUCGAACCAAUAAAAUUUAAAUCUUGGAUCUGCAUCGUUUCGUAGAACAUAUAUAAGAAGAAUUUGAGCAAUUCUGAAGUCACAAUAAGACAUUAUAUUAUCCAACCAAGAAACAAACACUUUUUGCAAAAUGGAGAUAUUUUUUACAAGUUUUGAUCAACUUCCAGAAGAUGUAAUCAUGGAGAUAUUAUCAAUUUUGCCUGUGAAAUCUAUAUUGAAACUCAAAUCUGUUUGCAAAUACUGGUACACACUUAUUCAAUCUCCAAAUUUUAUUAUAAAACAUUUUUUCCACAAAAAAAAUUAUGAAAUUCCCUUUGUUCAUCUCUAUUUUUUUGACACUAAUCAAUUAUCUAUUUCAAUUGAUGAAUACCCUUUGCUUCAAGAUUUUUAUUUGCACAAAUCCACUUCUUUAAAGCCAUUAAUUGGCCCUUUGAAUGGACUUUUUUUUGUGCAUAAUCUUGAUAAAAAUGAAAUGUCUAUGUGGAAUCCUGCUACUAAGGAAAUCAAGAAAAUAUUAGUACCAAGUCCACCUUUUUGUACUUGUGAUAGUGGUUUGUGUUGUUCUGAUUCUACAAAAAUGUUGCAGUGUUCGUGUCAGAUCCUCCAUAAAUGCGUUGUUUCUGGAAGUUCUGACACAUUUUUGAAGAGUUCGAGCAACACAGAUUUGAGGUUAUGUUAUUUGAAUUCUUCAAAAAUGUUGUUGUACCCGUGUUGGAUCCUCCAGAAAUGCUCUGUUUCUUCUGGAGGUUCUGACAUGCACCCGUCGGCGGCGUUAUAUUGUUCGGACUCUCCAGAAAUGUUGUUGCAAUCGUGUCAGAUCCUCAAGAAAUGUGCUUCUUCUUCUAGAGGGUCUGACACACACUCGUCGAUAUUUUUGAAGAGUAAAACCGAAAAUGAUUUUGACGUAUGUUGCUCGGACUCUCCAGAAAUGUUUCCGCACACUUGUCGGAUCCUCCAAAAAUGUGUUGCUUCUCGAGAUUCCAGCAUGCAUCCGUCGAUAUUUUUGAAGAGUCUGAGGUCUUAUGCUCAUCAUUUUGGAUUUGGAAUGGACCCUUUGAGUAAAGAUUACAAAGUUGUGUGGAUAAGAGAUUAUUUUUGGAAGGAAGAAACAUUUACAAGAAGUGCAUCAGCUGUUGUUUCAGUUUAUACACUAAGUACUGAUUCUUGGAGGCAUUUUGAAGACAACACAUUUUUGAGUAGUCAUAUAAUCAUGUCAUAUUUUGAUUCAUAUCUUGAUGGAUUUUAUUACUGGAAGAAAAUCGACGAAAAUCGACGUUGCGAAAUUCUUGCAUUUGAUUUUAGAAAUGAAGAAUUUCAAGUGAUACAAACUCCAGAUGUGUUCAAUUCAAAUUUAGGAGCACUUGGUUUGUAUGAUGGUUAUGUUUCUAUGUUGUUUCAUUAUCUUGUUGAAAAUAAGACAUGUAUUGAGAUUUGGUUGAUGGAAAAGUUUGGAUUUUGGACUAAAAAAUUGGUUAUUGAAUCCAAUUUGAUUGUUAAAAGACCAAUUGGAUAUGGUGUAAAUGGGGAAAUUUUUGUUGAAACUAAAAGUUCAAAUCUUGAAAUGAUUGAUCCAAGAACACAAGAGAUUGUUCAGUGUGUUGGACCUAUAUUGGGAAAUGGUUACUCUUUGCAAGUUCUUGUUUACAAGAAAAGCUUAGUUUCCAUCAAGACAUUGACUACUCGUAACUCAAUCAAAAAUCUCGAGUUCGAACAGCUGAGAAUAUGAGUUAGUCAGAACGGUAAACUGAGUAGCCGACACUGCAUGGAGAGCCAAGAAAAAAAGCGCCAUGAUUGAUCCAAUAACACAAGUAAUUGUAGAUAUGGACCAUGGGAAAAUGGUUACUCUUUGCAAGUACUCUUUUUUACAAGAAGAGCUUAGUUUUCCGUCAAGAAAUUGGUUGGUAGUUACAACUUAAUCAGAAGUCUCGAGUUUGAGUCAUGAAAAUGAAAAAAAUCUCGCAAGUAGCGAGUGCUUCCUUCUUUAGUAGAUGUUCAAUAAUGUAAAGUGAAAUAAGUCAGAACAAUAAAACGAGUACCAGAUAUCAAGUGAUCUCAAAGAGAACUUCCAAUGAUUGGUCAAAGAACACAUGAAAUUGUUGAGUGUCUUGGACCAUGAGAAAAUGACUACUCAUUGCAAUUAGUUUUUGUAGUUUAGUUUAGUUUACAUCAAGAAAUUGAGUUGUUGUAACUUGAAAACAUGUUAUACACUUUUUCUUUAAUUA